CUUUACGAAAGGUUCAUUAAUGUUAAUAAAUAAAUCAAUUGUCUUCUUCUCUCUGAAUCUUAUGCCAUAUCACUCAUGCAAAUAUGUCCGACCAUAGUUUACAAAGCUCAUGAAUGGUUGGUGGGAGUUGUGUUGAAAAGUUAAACUUGUUUUGACCGAGGGUUCCUUUCCAACGUAGAUGGUAGCUUAACUGAAGAUGGAAGAUGAUGCUAUGAAAAGCAUUGUGCAGAUAAACUAUGGCAACGAGGAUGACGAGGAUCAUUUGGUCGUAUGCGUCGAGGAGGUGCUUGACGCCGCCUAUGGUUGCUAUAUUUGGCCAUCAGCUCUUGUCAUGGGCGAUUACGUCUGGUACCAUCGUCAUGACUUAUUUUCGAACGCGGUUGUACUUGAGAUGGGCGCUGGAACUUCACUGCCGUCGCUUAUCUUGGCAAAAGGACAAUAUGCUUCGCGUCUUAUUCUAACAGACCUUCCAUCUGCUUUACCGGUGAUACGAUCCUGUCUUUCAUGCAACAAUAUAGAGGAAUCAGACAAGUUAUGGGUGCGUCCUUUAUUAUGGGGUGAAUUGGGAAGCGAACACGGAGUCGAUCGAUUGGUUGAAAAAGUGAAAGCUCAAUGGCACACAAGCGUUGAUUACAUCCUGGGCAGUGACACAUUCUAUGAUCCAGCAGAUUUCGAAAAGCUAUUGAUGACAGUGGCGUAUAUCAUCCUUAAGCAUAAUCCAAAAUGCAAAUUUAUCACAUCAUACCAGGAGCGGAGUGCUAAGCGAAGUAUUCAAUAUUUACUGGAUCGCUGGCAGUUACACUGUCGCUUAAUUCCGCGUGAUUCCUUUUUCAACGAAGAUCGUUUCUCGGGACAUGAACAUCCAGUAGCUGCAAAAGUCAAUGCUGGAACACUUGCUAGUGUAUUUUUACUAGAGAUCAGUGCAAAAAACUGAGAGAUUUAAAUAAAUUGCACAUGUUCAUAAACAGCCAACUCAGACCAUUCUCAGCACUCGGAUUCCGACGUAUUCC